AUGGCCAGGUCAAAUCCACUCCUCUUCACUCUCCUCCUCGCCCUCACCACCGGGACCCAUGCGGCUCCUCGGGCAGGCGCCACCGCCCCCGUGAAGGUAGCCGCGCGCGCCGAGCCCGCUGAGUUUGAGCCGCAGACCAACGCCGGCCCCGGAGGCAGCGACUUCAAGGACUCGGCGCACUUCCGCGUCUACGACGGCGGCGACAACGCCGACGACUCGCUCGCCAUGCUCGAGGGCGCCUACGAGUGCUUCGUCAACACUCUCGGCUGGCGCUCGUCCGGACUCUCCUACAACCCGGGCUCUGAUGACGGCCCCUACUACAAGACCAACAUCUACUCCGUUUCCAGCCUCAACAACGCCGCCGGCGUGAUGCACUCGGAGGCCACGAGCGGCGCUGCCUGGCUCGAGGUCGUCGACAGCUACCUCGCUACCCCGGACGUCACUGUCCACGAGUAUGGCCACGGCCUGCACUACCACCAGCGCACCUGGGUGAACCAGGGAAACACCGGCGCUUGGUGGGAGACGGUCGCCAACUGGGUAGCCGACACGUACACUACCUCCCCUCUCUGCGCCGACGCCCGCACGAAGCACAACUCCCCCGAUGGCCAAACCCUGUUCGAAGUGAACAAGGUCAUUGGCGACUCGUUCCAGGUCAUCGUCGACGGCACCCCCGACUCCGGCAACUACUACCAAGCCUGGCCCUUCUUCACCUACCUCACCAACAACCCGGACAACAUUACCGGCCUCGGCCAGGACACGCUGCACCAACUGAUGCAACGAGACCCCCUUCACACACUCGACCGCGUCCUUGGGGGCAACGCCACCGCCGGCGAGGUUGUCGGCCGCUACUGGGCCCGCAUGGCCUACGUCGACAUUGGCCACGAGAAAGCGCAGGAGGUCUUCAACGAUGCCAAGGAAAUCAACUUCGCCAACGUCGACGAGUCCGGCAGUGAGUACACGGUCAAGUCUGGCCGCGCGCCUCGCUACAUGGGUUCCAACAUCAUCCCCCUGAAGACUUCCGGCGACAAGGUCGACGUCGUGGUCACCUCGAGCGGCGAGUUUACGGCGACGCUCGCGAUCAAGGGAUCCAGCGGAGUCCGCUACGUCGCGCUCGCCAACGGCACUGGUUCAGCGGAUGUUACAAGCGAUGAGGAGGCGAGCUUGGUCGUCGCCAACACCCCCAAGACCCUGAUCUUGUACGACGGGUUCGAUCUCGCCAGCAGCGAGGCCAACACGGGCUUGAACUACUCUUUUACGCUGACCGGUGCCACCGUCGCUUAA